GAUAAAUCAGGCAUAGAAUUUCCUUUCCUAUAAAAGUACACAUACCACAGAAACACAAAGCAACACAACCAGUUUCACUAGCUCAUCAAAAACAUGGAGUCACAUAACAAAAACAAAAGACUCAAUCAUGGAUCACACACACCACCCAAGCUCUCCCUUGUGGCCACUUCACGGACAACUAUGCCCCCAGAUGCUCCGACGCCGCCGCCACGGACGGUGCCAGUCUCAGUUCCGUUUCAGUGGGAGGAAGCACCGGGGAAGCCCAGACCGUGCCACGCACGAUCUGAGUCAAACAACAAAGGUAGUGACGUGGCACGAGCCUUGGAGCUUCCUCCGAGGUUGUCAACAACCAACACAAAUACAAAGGUUUCCAAGACCAUGAGCAUGCCUUCCCCAACAACGGUCUUGGAUGGGCCUUAUGUUAUGCGUGCCACGUCUUUUACGACGCCGUUUAGGAAUCAAAAGGAAAGUUGGAAUGCCAAUUUUGUGUCUAGCAGGUGGAGCGGCAAUAACAAGAAUAACGGUGUGGAGAGUGAGGGUACUUUUGACUUUUCAAGUUGGACUGAAGAUGAAAAUGGUACGGUCAAGAUCACAAGGAUUAGGAGAAAGGGGAGCUUCUCUCAGGCAAAAUCGCAGUUAUGGAGUAGCAUUUACCAAAGCGUUAAGCAAGUAGUCCCAUGGAGACGCAGGCAUGAAAGGCAAAGAAAAUCAGACAACAAAAUUUGAGAUUGUUUGAUUAACCAAUCGAAAUUCGAACGUCAGAGUGGUGUGUGAUGUGUAUCAUGAGUUCGGAGAUAUGCAAAGAGAUAAAGUAAAGAAGGAAUUAUUAUCCUAUCAACUUGGAAAAAUUAUAAUAAAGGAUAUUUAUCCGAACGUAAUUCCUUUUUUCUUUUAUGACUUUAUAUAUUGAUAGAUGUACCACCACUUCUAUUAUGUACAGGAAGAUCAACAAACUUAUAUAUGGCUCUAUUGAAAUAAUAAUAUAUUAAAUUUGGUAUCUGUUGGUUAAAAAUAAUUAAUUUCCAAGAAGAAAGUUACUUGAAGAUUAGUGAGUGAGUUUUCGUAAGGAAGUUGAUAUUGAAGAAGCUCUUGUGUUUAAGGUUAUUGAGUAAGAGUUUGAUUAGUUUAACAAGUUAAGGAGCUCUUCGAAGAAGUGAAUCAAAGAUCUUGAGAUUCGAAGGUUGUUUUUUCAGCAGUUACAAGAUCAAGUAAAAGAGUGGGAACAGUUAUUCAUGCUCUUUACACACAUUGAAGUUACACUUCAAAUUGAUUGGUUAAGAAAUGGCUAUAAAUAAGAGAAGGCUCGAAAAUACAGGGGUU